UAUGUCUGUCACCAGCGCGAUCCUAAUCUUGCUCUUUUGUUUGCAUUUUCCACAGGGCAUGUCGCCUAUCAUUGCCUCCCUAUCAUGUAGCCUUGUUUCUAUAUGACGCAUUAAAUCUUUCACAGAUCCACCAAACUGGGGCUUCGUGACGCGCUUAACCAGAAAGACAACAACUACACAAAGUGCACACAGAGGAGGAUGUCUUCGAUUUUGCAUGGGAAUAAAAUACGACUGUUUUCCUAAGGAUUUUCGUUGUUUUGCUCUGCGAUCUUGGCAUCAUCGGCGUGAAAGGCUGAUCCUAUUGCCGAGGGGGGCAAGGCGCUGGCGCUGCGCCAGGGUCUGGCAAGUGCGCCUCCCUUUACCGCUGUUUGGCUUAUUCAUAGUUAGGGGUUUGGGUUUGGCUGUUUUUAAAAAGGCAAGCGCUGCACUCAAGUUGAUCAGUCGGCUCAGAAAACUUCUGCAGAGGGGAAAGUGUUUUUGGAUUCACAAAGUCCAGAAUUUUAUUACAACCGAAUUGCGCACAAACUGUAACCGGGCAGCACUGGACUAAUCAAAGACGAUACCCCAGUCUCAUUUUUAAUCUAAAAAGUAAUCAUCGGAUUCUUGAUUCUUUUUCAAAGACUUAUUUCUUCUUCUUUUUCAAAAGAUCCCGACCUGUGCUGUACUUUUGCAUGCGGACUUUUCAGAGUUCCUAAUUUGCAUUAAAAACCCGAUGACCGUCCUUAGACGAUCGCUUAUUUGCGCACAUAUUUAGUCCCCGUUUUUUUCAUCGGAUCUCAUUCACACUUUGAAGAACAGAAAAGAGACAUGAUUCUAGUCGUGCUGGUUGCAUUUCUCACGGCUUUGUCCAUCAGCUUUGGCUCGUAUGUGCCGUGCGAGCCGUGCGAUCAGAAGGCGUUAUCCAUGUGUCCUCCGGUGCCGGUGGGUUGUCAGCUGGUUAAGGAGCCCGGCUGCGGCUGCUGCUUUACUUGCGCUUUGGCGGAGGGUCAGGCGUGCGGUGUCUACACCAGUACGUGCACUCACGGGCUGCGCUGCCUACCGCGGAGCGGAGAGGAGAAGCCGCUUCACGCCCUGUUGCACGGCAGGGGAGUGUGUACGAACGAGAAAGGAUACAAACCAUCGCACCCACCCAUCGAUCGUGAGUCUAUCGAGCAUGAUGAUACAGCAAAAGCAGAAACAACGGAAGACCAGCCUCCUAAAAUUCCCCUUUAUCCCAAACCAGACGUGAUCAACAGCAAGAAACACGCAGCUGUGCGCAAGGACAAGAAGAAACAGACGGAGAAGCAACGCUUCGUGGGCCCGUUGGACUACUCGCCUAAUCCCAUCGACAAGCACGAGCCAGAAUUUGGUCCCUGCAGGAGGAAGCUGGACGGAAUUAUUCAAAGUAUGAAAGACACUUCCCGCGUCAUGGCUCUUUCCCUUUACCUUCCCAACUGUGACCGGAAGGGUUUCUUCAAGCGUAAACAGUGCAAACCGUCCCGUGGCCGGAAGCGAGGCAUCUGCUGGUGCGUGGACAAAUACGGCGCGCAGCUGCCCGGCACCGACUACAGCGGAGGCAACAUCCAGUGCAAGGAUCUGGAAAACAGUAACAACAACGAGUGAGAAUUCGAGCCACCCCGAUCACCAGACCUAGGGCCCACCUCCUUUUCCUGCCUACCAAUCCACCGCCAGUCACGUUGAGAUUUUGAAGCAAAACAAAUAGAAAAAAAACGCAACGACUAUUAGAAAUACGAACAAUUGGAAAAACCACGGGAAUCGUUUUGACUGAGCGCACAUCUCUAAAAUCACUGGACUCAGCCAAUCAGAGGAGUCCUGGCAAAAAUUGUUAAGAAUAUAUACAUACGAUUAUAUAUUUUUAUAGAAGCUGGGGUUGGAGCACCAUACGGUUUUGUUUAAAGUUAACAUAAAACAAAAAACGUAAAAAAAAGGAAUAUAUGGCAUGUUAAACAUUAACAGGGCUAUCUUGGUCUUUUACAUCUUUUGCUGUCACGGUAUCACAUGAGAUAGCAGGAACUCUUACUAUUGGAAGAAAAACACAAUUUUCGUUGGUUUUCCGAAAGAUAAAGGGAAACACAUACGGUAGAGAUGGAUAGCACAAUCUCUACCUCUUUUUUUCUCGGUCCUGUCAAAGCACUUAUUGGGAAUACUGCUUGGAAAUGUGUAACUUCACCAAAUUCAGUGUAUGCGUGCAUGAGCAUGUGUGCGUGUGGACGAUACGGCGAUAGCUUUCAUAAAAAAACCAAUGCCUUUUUGUGACGUAUCCCUCCCGGAACACGAUGAAAACCCAUUUGACAAAUCUGUUUCAGCGGCUUUAUGUGUAGAGCUUACCUAACACGCCAAACGUGCCUAUGUAAACAGAUGCAGCCGUGCACAUUUACACGGGUGAGCCGAGCGGUCCUGACCGACGUCCUGUCUCACUGCCCAUGUCUAGAUAAAAUGAGAAAAAGACAGGCCAGGCCACUCUGGAGUUUUCAGAUAUUAUGGCAUCUGGUCAAAGUUCAAAUUGAGGCAGAUGCCGUAACCCCUAAACGCUUCCGGCAUUUGUGUUUGAUGGAUGUUCACCGUGCAAAGCAGUCGUCUCUUUCUCUGUAAUGUUACCUUUGUCCUUACGAUUAACUUUGACUUAAACGCUGUUUCCUUUGAAUUCAUUGAGGUAUUGACGGUCCGUUUAUGAGCCAUGUUCCUUGACUAUGUGGUUUCACUGAAAAAACUUUGAAAAUAUUACCUUCAGAAUAUUGAAUGUGUUUUAUUUUUAUUUCGUUUUGUUGUUGUUGUUGUUCUCUUGUUUCUUGUUAUCUUUAACAAACAACCACCAUGAUUUGGUGCCUAGGCCAGGAGUUGUGUCUUUAGCAUAUUGUCAAUUUGCAUAGUUCCAGGACUUGGUCAUUUGAAUGCAGGUCUGACCACUUUCUAAGCUCCGCCCACUCUGACCGUUCACCAAUCAGUAAUAGCCCUGUUUGCUUAUUCAGGCCAGCAAAACGGCUGGACGUUUUCUUUUGUUAUUUGUCACAUUUCUGUAUCUCGAAGGAGGCUGCAGUUCAAUGUCCUUCGCCGUCAUUUAACGCAUCACUUCCUGUGAGUUUCGGUGUGCGAGUCUCAGUGCCUUUUCUACAUGCAAAUACAUUUGAAUGGUUACGUGAACGUUACACAAUAGCCAAGGGGACAAAAACAGGCGAACCUUUUGAUAUCAACGAAGGACCUCAAUCGCGUUCAAAUCGAGAAGCAGAACAGACAUAAAAACUCCAAGCAGCUAUCAAAAAUCCCCGUGGUUAGGCUCCGAUAGGGGAGACGUUCGUCACGAACGGCUCCAGCAAGUGCUAGCUCAUUUACUGUUAUUUCUCUUUACGAAUAAGCUGACGUUUGAUCUGACAGAGACUGCAAAUGUGUGUCAUUUCCGACGAGAGUGUUUUCAAUGACUUAUUUCAAGCUAUACGUAAAACAGGGAUACUUACCGGUCAGCUCUUGAUGAUCGAGCAAAGCCAUCGCCUGCCACCAUGAGUCCGUCCGGAUCUCAUUUCAGGGCCCGAAUGAUCACGUUUUUUUACAGCUGGGAGGGGGCCGUAAAAUAGUUGAUAGACUAAAAGCAUCACAGGUCUGCAGAAUGUAACCACGGCACGUUUAAAAUAAGAAAAACGAAGGUAGCAGGAAAGAGAGGUCAGGGUUUGCGUCGAGUACGUCGAAGAGGCGAAGUCGUCUCUGUUAUUGCACAUUUAGCCUUACAGGUGUCUGUCACCACAGGGCGAAAUCAGUAGUCAGCAUUAUUUAGGUCCUGAUCCAUGCUGAAUGCCCCCUCCCUAUUAAAAUAAGCAGCUUGCACUUAAUUGUUUACCUUGCCACACAUUUAGUGCCGUCUCUUUAAGAGGAAAAGUGAAUCUCAGUUCAGGUAUAGAAGCGGGAGCAGGCGUCGGACAGAAACCCUGCCCGAGUACCUUUGACAGGGGCUUCGCGGCCCAAGCCUGAAAUCCACAUCAUCAUUCAGUGGGUAUACAAGUUAAACCCAUCACAGUCUAUUCUUGAUCUACUUUUAAAGGAACAGUCGCGCAAAAAUGAAAACGUCGUCAUUUACACGUUUAGAAACGAUUUAUAAACUAUCCAUUCAUUGAAAAGAUCCGACUUAAAUGAACGAUUCAUUGACAGAAAUGUACCACUUUAUACUUUGAUUGAAGUUUGGGGCCUCCGUCUCCAUAGUAGAAAGUACUUAAAAAUAUUUGAGGGGUCAUAGGGGUUUGAAACCACACGAGAGCAAGUAAAGACAGAUCGGUUAUUUUUGCGUGUACUGUUCCUUUAACAGACCUUAAGUCUCAGUGAUAUCCGGGGAGCAGGAGGGAGGGCGAAGGCCUUAAGCGGUGAUCUCGUGCUGGGCCUCACUUCCACAACACACUACACAUCACAGUAGAUUCUUUAGACGGACAGCCGGAGUUCUCGGAAUCUGAUCAGCAGGCUGGCACGGCAAGCAGGGGACCCACACAAACGUAUCUGCGACACAGGGCACGCGACGGCUGAAAUAGUUGAAACAGUGUCACGCAUUAAAGUGCAAGAGAAAACCCUGAUGGUUUUUGUCAAGCACUGAACGUUUCAAGACGACGCGCUUCAUGGCUGAAAAUGUUUCCCGUCUGGGUGUCAGAUAUGAGAAUGUGGACGAAGUCAGAUCCCAGAUCUGCUUUGUAAUAAUUUGGUGUAAAAGGCAGAAUGUAGCGUGCUGCUUUUGUGCUCUGCUUGCAUCAGAUUCCGAUCGUCGUACAUUACUCGGGUAGACAGCAUUCAUAACAUAGGCCUACAAUACAGUAGUAAAGACAGGUUUUCUAUUGUCUCUGAAUGCAUAACAGUUUUUUCUUUCUUACUCUUUUUAUUUUAUGGAUGAGAUAAGACUUGAUGAUUGACCAUCUAAAUAUGGCUUAAACCGGCAUGUGAAAGACUCAAUAGUGGCUGGAGGACUCUAAAAUGUUCAGCAUUUGGAACUCUUAAUAAAACCAAUAAAAUGGAAAAA